AUGGACUUUGUCACAAAUCACUUUGACUCCCCCGUUCUGUUCAUUGAAGAACUCAAGGACAUCCUUGAGCGUAAAGGUGCCUAUGACAGUCCCGUGUCCCAGGUGAACGCCUUCCUCUCCCUCAUGGUUCAUUACCAAGAAGAGUUCAUGGAUGAGUCGGGGCAGGAUUUAGUAUACUGCUGCUAUAAUCUCUUUGAUUCGGAUGUUUUUCAUCGAAACACUGAGGUGGUUAUGCGGUCCGUCAUUGAUCGGGCAAUUGAGAGCUCAUAUGACAAGGACAUGUGGAUCACAUAUCAUGUGUUACUGCACGCUGGCAAGGAGUCGCCCAGAAUCUAUCGCUGGAUGUUCAGGAAUGAGUUCUUUAGCAAACUCAAGGGUCAGAUCCAACACCAGGAAGGAACCAGGAUGCAACUAAUUGCUAUCGCGUUGAUGUACGAGAUGUGCAGGAUUCAAACACUGAAGGCGAGCGACUUGGCAUUGGCGGACGAAACCUUUUUGAACUACCUCCUGGAUCUUGUUGAACACACUAGGACUGAUGAUGCAGAGCUAUUGAACUACGGCGCUAUUAAGUUGCUCUUGGUCUUCAACGAACAAUACAUGCUCCACACCUCCAGUCGACCUCAUAAUAUUCAAUCAGGAACGAAAUUCGCCUACAGCGGGAACCCAUUGCUGACAGUGUUGAUAGAUCGGCUUGGACGUAGUGUGACGUUUGGCGAGAACUUGAUCUUUAUGUUGAACCGUGCAGAGGAAACAGCGCUUCAGAUGCUGAUUUUGAAAGUCCUGUACUUGCUGUUCACAAGCCCGAGUCUAUACGAGUUCUUUUACACAAACGACCUCCACGUACUGGUAGAUGUCGUCAUUCGAGAGCUCUGGGAUUUGCCUGAGGAAGAAGAGAGUCUUCGACACGCCUACCUCCGCGUCAUGGGUCCGCUUUUGACCAACACACAACUCAAGAGGGCCACCUACAAGAGAGCCGAGAUUGUUCGUUUGCUUCGGGAAUUGGGAGGCGGCGAUCUAGAUUCGACACUUCGGAGACAGCUUCAGGAACAGCAGCUUCGGGAACAGUUGUUGGAACAGCAAAGAGCUCUGGGCGCCAAGUUUACGUACAGAGAUCGAGAGAGUAGUUCGUCACCCUCGGUGCGGUGGACUUCUGAUCGAAGUGGCUGCUCUAGUCCUGCCCUUUCGGCUGAGGUGGAGAAGAAGCGGGGGAUGGGGCGGAGUAGGCUAUCGAUGGUUGAGUGCAGCUCGGAUUCGCUCAUGGUGCCGGGACAGGAAGAGCAGGCAGAGUCUUUGAGGCAGCAUUUGGAGUUUCAGCAGGAACAUGUUUCAUCACCGACUGAUGAGAGCCCGCUCCAAAUCGAGGUCCCCACCAUAGAAUUCAAAUACGAUCGGCAACCGGACAACAACAUUUCACGCUCUUCCCAAAGAGCAGCUAGUCCAACCACACAGCGACUGGUGGAGCGGGUGCUGCGGGAAUGGCUGGACAAUGAGAUGAAAAAUGGCGCGGGUACAACAGGACAUGGACUCUCUGUCCGUGGAGUGACUGACGGACACCCGACUGAGGCUGCACACGGACGGAUUGCGAUCCCUGUUGCUCAAUAG